GGUGCAAGUACUCAACGAUGUCACUCAGGAUCAAGAUCCCGAAAUCCGCGGCUGUGCGCGAACCAUUCCAGGGUCAACCUUCGCCACAGUCUGAAGGAAUGUCUUUGCGCAGGAAGGCAUCCAAGAAGCGGUUUGCCCCUGACUAUGACACGGACGAUGACUUUAUGGACGAUGGUGCACACCCUGGUAGUGGGGACGACUAUUUCGAGCCCCGCAUGAAGCGCUCGAAGUCGAAGAGAGCUAAGACUGAAGACACUAUGUCGGUGGACGAUAUAGAGGUUGAUAUAGAUGCGGAAACAGAAUUCGAACAUGCAGUGGUUGCCGUGGAAUCGCCUGUGGACACUCGUUUUCUGCCUAAAGAGGAGGUCAUGGACACUCGCUUCCUACCGGACAGCGGUGCUUCUUUGCAAAGAGCUUCAUCAAAGCAACCUUCGUCCAGCGGAAAGUCAAGGCACAAGUCGAGCAAGUCUGUGGCGGGACCUUCUCAGAAGAAAAGCUCAAAGAAGCGUGUUAUUCUCUCAGAUGAAGAGGAGGAGGCAGAGGUGGAUGUGGUAGUUUAUGAGGAGGACAAGGAGUUUGAAUAUGAACUACCAAAGAAGAGCAUCGGGGGCAAAGGGAAGAGCAUCAUUGCCACAAAGAGCUCGAGCAGAAAGAGCAAAGGUGGCAAGGAGAUAUCGGAUAAAGACGUUGCUUUUAGAGAUGAGCGGAGGCUUGCGCCUCCAAUCCCUUCGUCUUCAAAAGACGUUCCCCCACCACGGACCAAACGAGCUCGUCCCAAAGUCGAAGACCUCGAUGUUACCGAAUUAUUCACAAGUACAACCGCUGACCUCAUCGUGAGAGACAGGGAGCCAACGCCACCACCUCCACCACCUAAGAAACCCAAACUUCCAACCAUCAAGAAGAAUAAGCCACCUGCGACAGGCUCCGCGGCUGCGACGAGACCGCCGUUAACAAGGGCUGCGCCUGAAAAGACCGAUGCGAACGGCUUGCCUAUUCCACUGGCUCGAAAGCCUGCUGGGCCUGCGAGUAACGCUGACUUUGACUUGCGAGACAAAAGUGUCUACGCCCAACUCUUUACGAAGCCUGGUGGGACGACACCAGACUCUGGUCUGAAUCGCAAGGAGAAGGAAGAACAGCGUCGUAGAGAGCUCAAUCGAAUGCGAGACGAGGCUCGAGCAAAGCGAGCAGAGGAAGCAAAACAUGCCUUCGAUUUGCAAGCUGCCGCCAACAAGAUCGCGAAAUACGAGGAUAAGCUCAGAGCUCGGAAGUCUACGGCGCUGUUUCCCAAUAUCCUUGGGGCUUCAUUCAAAGAUGCCUUUGACCGGAGGCAACGUGCUAAGAGGAGAGACGAGCGACUCUAUACCCACUGAUGCUCAAUGUUGGCACCUCUGCGUCAAUUAGUUAUGACAUAUCGUAUCCUUAUUUUCAGUACCUUUUUGGUUGUAAUUUUACCUUUGGACUCUGGAAUCUCAUCGCGCGCUGUAUUUGUCCUCGAGAGAAAAUGUCAUGUCGAAACUGUAUCUGGUUCGAACGCUACACCGUCAUGAAGGGUUUUGG